AAUCAUCACAUAUCUUUGAUAUCGCAUAACAACAGCACGACUGCAGACCUUCCUCACCCAACAGCUCUUCAAUAUUACCACCAGUGCCCAUCAUGCAUUUUCUGCUCCUCUUGUUCUUGGGGCUGCUGCAAUUAGUCUCUGCAGCCAGAUCCGGCACCUAUUAUGCCGGCUGGCCUGUCGGUGAUAGCACAUGGAAGACAACCGAUACCGUCUUUCAGCGAGAGACGGGCAUCUCCAGGUACCGCCUGUUCCAGGCUGACGGACUGAUUUAUAAGUAUCAGCUCGAUUUUGACGUCACCGAAAGACAAGGCGAAUACGCAAGUACCUACGUGUUUUUUGACUCAGAAGGGGACGAGUAUUACAAGGUGGUCUUUGUCACCGGCACUCAUACCCUCAACUUUAAUAGUGGGGACCCUUAUAUUCAGCAGGUCAAGGUUGUCGAGGAUUAGAAUGACCCCCCCGUUCGUGGAGGAUUGAAUAAGCUGAUUUCUUGCCUUAUUGGGUACCCUCCAAUUCUGGCACAUAUCACCAGACAGUGUGCUUUAGUUUUGGUACUGGUGGAACGAGGGGAAUUUCUUGGGUAUGUUCGAAUGCGAAUGGUGGCCACAGUGGAAGAUAGUCCAAGAGGGAAGCAAGAUCGAAGUUGUGGAGAGGGGUUGGGGGAAUGAGUAGUGAUACCCAUUAGAAUUCUAACGCAAGGUCAUUGGGUCUCAGAAUGUGGCGCUCGCAAAGACAGUAAAGAUUCUAUUGGCAUUUUCA